AUGGCACAUUCUCUCAGAUCGAAGUCCAAGCUCAAGGCCAAGAAGGUCAAGACCUCAAACCCAAAUUCAGACUAUUUCAAAACCCAAGAAUCAAGGUCACAAAGGCUAGCUGAGAAAUUGAAGGAAAACUUGGAGAAACAGGCAGCAGCCAAAGUGACUGCAACCGAUUCUAAGGAUCCUGACGAAAUGGAUACUGAUACUCCAAAAACAUUACAGACACCAGCAGAAGAGUUGGUCAAUGUCAAGACUCAUGGAUGGAGAAAAUCUAGGGCAGCUAACUACAAAAAGAAAAAGGCCUCAAAGAAGAACAAGUCUUUGAAGUUUUGA